GCCGCGCAGAACAAUCAGUUCGCAUCGCACUGGGAGACGCUUGCUGUCGGUUUGAAAGCGCACUGAACGCCGAGUGAUCCAGACAGACAGUUAUUAGUAUCACCAUAAUCAGCGGGACUUCCUUAUCUGCCGGUUAAUUGUAUUCGGAUUUGCGUGAGACAUUGUUUUUCUUAUACGUUAAUCUAAAUACUCGAUCACCAUGCACCGCCCAAUCAAUAAUGCCGAAGUGGAGGAUCCCGAGGAUAUCGUCAUCUCUGGAAUCGGCAUCCGUUGCGCCAUGUCCGACAACGUCGAGGAGUUUGCCGACAACCUCUUCAACAGCGUCAACAUGGUCCACGAGAAUCUCGAGCGCUGUGACGAAGACCACUUUGGAGUGCCGAAGCAGCAGGGCUUCAUCAAGGACAUCCGCAAGUUCGACGCCACCUUCUUCGGCGUCCACCCCAAGCAGGCCGACGGGAUGGACCCGCAGCUGCGCAUCCUGCACGAAGUGGCCUACGAGUGCCUCGUCGAUGCCGCCAUCGACCCGGCGAGCCUGAAGAACAGCAACACCGGCGUCUUCAUCGGCACCUCCAACUCGGACGCCCGCGAGGCCUGGACCGCGCCCGACGUCUCGGAGAUCGACGGCUACUCCCUCAUCGGCACCCACCGCGCCUUCUUGGCCAACCGCCUGUCUUUCACCUUCGACUUGCGAGGACCCAGUUUCGGUGUGGAUGCCGCCUGUGCCACCAGCGGCGUCGCUAUCAAUCAGGGAUACUUGCACAUCCGCAACGGCGUUUGCGAUGCGGCCAUCGUGGGCGGCGUGAGUCUGGUGUACCAGCCCAAAGUCUCCUACCAGAUCCUCAAGCUGGGCUUACUCUGCCGCGACGGCAAGUGCAAGGUGUUCGACGAGGCGGCCGACGGGUACGUGCGCGCCGAGGCCAUCGCCUGCGCCAUGCUGCAGAAGCGCAAGGACGCCAAGCGCGUGCUGGCCACGCUCAUCCACAGCAAGAUCAACAACGACGGCUUCAAGGAGCAAGGCAUCACCUUCCCGUCGACGGAGAGCCAGGGCCAGCUGGUGUGCGAGGUGUACGCCGAGGCCGGCAUCGACCCCGAGGACGUGGAGUACGUGGAGGCCCACGGCACCGGCACCACCAUCGGCGACCCGCAGGAGACCAACGGCAUCGCCAUGGGCUUCGUCAACGCCCGCACCAAGCCGCUCCUCAUCGGCGCCGUCAAGUCCAACAUGGGCCACUCUGAGCACGCUUCCGGCGUGGUGUCGCUGGCCAAGAUCAUGAUCGCCAUGCAAGCCGGCGUGAUCCCCCCGAACAUGAACUACAAGAACCCCAACCCGCUGAUCCCCGCGCUCGUGGACGGCCGGCUAAAGGUCAUCACCGAGCCGACCAAGUGGAACUGCACCAUCGCCGGCCUGAACUGCUUCGGCUUCGGCGGCCAGAACAGCCACUUGGUGGUGCGCGGCAACCCGCGCACGCGCCACGACACCAUCAGCGAGCCGCGCCUCUUCGUCUACAUGGGCCGCACGGAGGAGGCCGCGCAGACCGCCAUGCAGUACGCCCUCAAGCACCAGGACAACCCCUACGUCUCCUACCUGCUGAUGCAGACGGCCUUCACCAAGCCGGCCGCCAUGCCCUACCGCGGCUACUGCCUCCUCAACAGCCCCAAGGGCGACCCGGCCAUCCACGUCGACCGCGUCACCACCGAGGUCAAGCCGGUGUGGUACGUCUUCAGCGGGCAGGGCACGCAGUGGGCCUCCAUGGGCCGCGAGAUGCUCAAACUGGACGCCUUCCGCAAGUCCAUCGACAAGUGCGCCCACGCCCUCAAGCCGCACGGCCUGGACCUGAUUAAGCUGCUGGCCCACUCCACCGACGCCGACUACGAGGACCCCACCGUCUCCUUCGUCGGCAUCGCCGCCAUCCAGGUGGCGCUGGUCGACCUCCUCACCGCCAUGAAGAUCGACGCCCAGGGCUUCGUCGGCCACAGCGCCGGCGAGAUCGGCUGCGCCUACGCCGACGGCAGCUUCACCGCCGAGGAGGCCGUCCUGGCCGCCUACUUCCGUGGCCGCGCCGUCAUCAACGCCAAACAGCAGGCCGGCGCCAUGGCCGCCGUCGGGCUGCCGUGGGCCGAGGCGCAGAAGCGCUGCCGCGGCGACGUCGUCCCGGCCUGCAACAACGCCAAGGACAACGUCACCGUCUCCGGCCCCGCCGACCAGGUGGCCGCCCUCGUCAACGAGCUGAAGGCGCAGAACGUCUUCGCCAAGGAGGUCAACAGCUACGGCAUUGCCUUCCACUCGCCGGCCAUGAAGGCCGCCGCGCCCGAGUACCUGGCCAGUCUGAAGAAGCUCCUGCCCAGUCCCAAGAUGCGCACCACGCGCUGGCUGAGCACGGCCGUGGAGGAGGCCCAGUGGGGCUCGGAGGUGGCGCGCUACGCCUCCGCCGAGUACUUCACCCACAACCUCACCAACACCGUCAAGUUCCACGAGGCCCUGAGCAAGGUCCCGUCCAACGCCAUCGUCGUGGAGAUCGCGCCGCACGGUCUCCUGCAGGCCCUCAUCAAGGCCACCGUCGGCAGCCAGGCCACGCCCGUGGCGCUGAUGAAGAAGGGCGCCGACGAGCUCUUCUUCCUGGAGUCCAUCGGCAAACUCUACGUCGCCGGCCUGAACCCCCGCGUCACCGAGAUCUUCCCCAAACCGACACUUCCGGCGCCCCGCGACACGCCCUUCAUCGGCUCCGUCGUCCGCUGGGACCACUCCGCCAACUGGAGGAUCCCCUACCCCACCGACUUCAUCCACAAGGGCGGUAAGGGCGGCGCCCACCACACCUACACCUACGACCUCAACGACCCGCUCAACGUCCGCCUCUUCGACAACAAGGUCGGUCGGCAGCCCGUCUUCAGCGUGGGCGCCUACCUGAACAUGACGGCCAAGGCCUUCGCCGCCGAGACCGGCAACACCAUCGAGAAGGCGCCCCGUGUCCACUUCAGCGACGUCGAGAUCCGCAAGACCCUGCCGUUGACCCCCGGCGCCAAGAUGGCCUUCGACGUCAGCGUCACCAAGUCCACCGGCUACUUCGAAAUCAACCACAACGGUGAGACCAUCGUCACCGGCACCGUGGGCGUGGCUGACGCCUUCAACACCCACUUGUCGGAGGACAUCCCGGACCACACCGACGCGCGUCUGGACCGCCACACGACCUACAACGAACUGCGUCAACGCGGCUACAACUACGGUCCGCAGUUCCAGCUGCUGAAGAACACCAACGAGCACGGCACGCGGGCCCAUAUCACCAGCCCGGCCGGCUACGACGGCGCCGUCGACGCCCUUAUCCAGUUGCUGGUGCUCAGCCAGAACAGCCGCGACCUGGUGGUCCCCACCGAGAUCGGCUCGGUGACCUUGGACAUCUCCAAACUGUCCUCGGCGCUGCAGUCGGACGGCACCCUGCCGGCCACUGUCUACCCGGAGAUGGGCAUCGCCACCUGCCCCGGCGCCGAGAUCGAAGGCGUCCUGCUGGCGCCGGUGACCGGGGACUUCCAGGCCACCCACCAGUACUCCGUCAAGGAGCACGGCUUCCUGGCCAACAGCGGCAGCGUGCACCGCACCGACGCCGAACACCGCUACGUCCAGGACUACCUCCGCGUGCUCACCGACUACCUGCACACCGAGAGCGACCGUCUGGUCCGCAGCGGCGCGUCCUCGACCAUCUUCAAGGAGAUCGCCGCCAGCCGCGGCUCCACCGGUAAGACCGUGUCCCCCGCCACCGAUCCUUUCUCGCAUGAGCCGCGCGCCACCCUCUACAACCUGCUCCGCCAAGUCUUCGAAGCCGUCAACCACCGCCACCCGGGAACGCCCGUCGAUGACGUCAUCCGCCGCACCGUGACCUCGCUGCGCCCCACCCUCAAGGAUGACCUCUUGCUCAACACCCUCACCAAGCGAAGCGUCAUGCAGCCGGUCUUGGACGUCGCUCUGGAGAACACCGACGACGACGUUGUCCAGAUUCUGGAGCUCCUGCGUGGCGACCAGCCCUCCAAGAGCGCCGACAUCGUCACCGACUUGACUUCGCCGCACGAUGCGCCCGUGGAGUUCAAGAGCCUCGCCGUCAAAGCCGGUCAGCAGACGGAGAUCCACCCGGGGUCGGCCACAAUCCUCGUGGCGGACACAUACUUCACCAACGGCCUGCAGGCCCUGCCCGGCGACCUCAAGACCAUCUCCACCAUCCUCAAGGACGACGGCUACCUGCUGGCCGUGCAACCCUUCGACGGCCCCGUCAACGAGUUGGCCACCUUCAUCGCCUCCGUCGAGGCCAAGAACGGACCCACCCGCUUCCCGACAUACGAGCAGUUCCGACAGGCGCUGCAGGCCGAGGGUUUCGCCGUGGUCCUGGAAAAGGAGGACGGUGUCUUCAACCGCAUGAUCCUGGCGCGUAAGACGACCGCCGAACCCCCGACCAAACACCACUCCGUCUACCUCAACGAGCGCUCCACCCUGGACCAGCACGCCGACCACGUCUCGGAGGAGCUAACCCGACAUUUCAAAGACCUGGACACCGACGCCUCCUCCGACAGCCGCGUGUGGCUGGUGGCGCCGCGCGGCCGCACCGACCUCGCCAGCGUCCUGACCCAUCCCAAGAUCCGGGAGCACCCGCACGCGUCCCGUCUGCGCUUCGUCGGGGACCGCAGCACCACCGGCAACGGCCUGCCCAAGUUCAGCACGGCCGCGCCCUUCGACCGCGUCCUGGCCGGGGAUCUGCGCUAUAACGUGCACGAUGGCCGCAACUGGGGCACCACCCGCAACGUCCCCUUCACGUCGGACGUCCUGACCGACGCCACUACCGCCGUGGCGCAUGACACCUUCGAAUGGCACGAGGGGCCGGUGCAACACGCGGCCGCCAACAAGGAGACCAUCGCCGUCACCUACGCCACCGUUAACAAGGACAAGAAGCUCGUUGCCUUCGCCGGUCAGACAGUGCCCCGAGGGGAACCCGUUGUCGGCACCGUCCCCGCCACCAAGGUGGCCACCCAUGUCGCGGUGCACCCCGAGGACGUUGUUCCGCUGCCCAAGGGUCUCUCUGCCCGCGACGCCGCCACCGUCGUCUUCCCGUACAGCGUGGCUUACUAUGCGCUCAGUCAUCUGGCGCGUGUCAACAAAGGUCACUCCGUCCUCGUGCAUUUUGAUGAAGCGGCUCCCGCUCAAUCCGAAGCCGUACUGCGCACCGCCGUCCUCCUGGGCGCCGACGUCUUCGCAUCCGGAAGCGUCCCGGAACACGUGGCCCGUCUCCCACAACUGCAAGGACGUGUCUUGACUUCGCUGCAUGACAAGAACGCCGCUGCCCGCAUUCUGCAGGCCACCGGCGGACGCGGUGUCAGCGUCAUCGUCAACACUGGCCGCUCGUCGCGUCUACAGGAGAGCGCUCGCGUCAUCGCCCCCAACGGCACCUACCUGGAAACGUCGAAGGUCACCGCCGGUGACCGAAGCAAGGCCGCGGUCAACAAGAACAUCACCGUCUACAAGAACGUCGCCGAUGCCGUCACCCGUCUGGACGGACCGACCAAGCAGCCGGUCACCGCCUUCCUUGCCCAGGCCCUGUCCCGUGGCGACAUUGCGCCGUUGCCGCUGCGCCUCGUCCGCUCGCUGAAGGACAUCAACACCGUCACCGACGAAGCGGUGGUUCUGGACGUCCGCGGGGAGAACACGGCCCCCAUCAAGGCCACCCCGAAAGCCCACUUCAGUGCCAACAAGACCUACGUGGUGGUGGGCGAGAGCGAGGAAGUCCUGGUGGGUCUGGCCUACUGGCUGACCACCCGCGGGGCCCGCCUCAUCCAGCUCAGCAGCCAGGCCAACGUCGGCCCGGUGCUCAACCGCGAACGCCGCUUCUUCGAAUCCCAGGGCGUGGAGAUCAACGUUAACAACGGACAGACGGCCGAGGCCCUUCUGCAGACCGCUGCAUCGCGCGCUCCCCUCGGUGGCGUCUUCGUGCUGGACCAUGUCAACUUCAACCAGCGCCAGACACCGCCGUCCAAGAUCAAUGUCACCGAUCUGGACCGGGCCGUGCGCAACGUGGCUAAGGACUCCCUGGACUUCUUCGUCGUCCUGACCUCCGUGCUGCACCAGGGCGCCUCAACGGCCGAAAACGUUGUGGACAGCCGCAGCGCCGCCGGACUACCGGCGCAGAUCGUGCAAGUCGGCAACGUGGUCUUCCACAAGAACGACCCGGACCACCCGGACACCACCGAGGAGGACCACAAGGCCAUCUCGCUGCCGACCCUCUUCGACGCCCUCACCGACAUCGUCCGCCGACCCGUCACCACCGCCGUCAUCUCGCCGCCGCCGGCCGUCCACCGCCAGCGCACCGCCGCCUUCGACGAGGACGGCAGCGGACCGCAGGACAAGUCCUACCUGCCGCAGGCCGUGGCCAAGAUCAUGGGCAUCAAGGAUUUCGGCGCGCUGGACAUGUUCCUGUCGCUGGGUGACUACGGCAUCGACUCCCUCAUGGCCAUGGAACUGGGCAAGAUCCUGGAGCGCGACUUCAACCUGUCGCUGACGCUGCAGGAGAUCCGCUCGUUGUGCGUGCGCGACAUCUGCCUCAUGUCCGGCGCCACCAACGCCGUGGAGGCCGCCAAGUUCUCCGAGAACAAGACCCUGUCGGAGGUGCCGACGCUCCUCGACACCGUCAAGAAGCACUACAACCUCAACGAGCUGGUGCCCAAGGAGACCGUGACGCUGCUGCGCCAGGUGAAGGAGCGCAAUGACACCCUCUUCAUCGUCCACCCCAUGGAGGGCUCCGUGCUGCCCGUGCUGGAGGCCCUGGCCAACCAUCUGCAGGUGACGACAUACGGCCUCAACUGCACGCAGACCAGCGACAUGACCUCCAUGCAGACGCUGGCUGCUUCUUAUAUCAAGGCUCUGAAGCAAGUACAGUCGCACGGCCCGUACAACCUGGGCGGCUACUCCUUCGGCGCCGGCGUGGCCUUCGAGAUGGCGCUGCAGCUGCAGAAAGAAGACCCCAAGAGCGUGCGCAACCUGGUGCUGCUGGACGGCUCGCACUCCUUCGUGGGCGCCUUCACCAAGACCAUGAAGGGUGGCUACACCGUGGACCCCAAUAUGCCGCUGGACGAGAUGAACAAGCGCAAGCAGACCGCCUUCGAGGUGGCCAUCUUCGUGCUGUACGUCACGCAGCUGGUCAAGACCCAGCGCAAACAGUUGACGGAGAAGCUGCAGGCCGCCCGCAGCUUCGAGGAGCGCGUGGACGUGACCGCCCAGGAGCUCCAACGCUGCCCGCAGCUCAGCCACAUCCCCCUGGAGACGCUGCGCACCGCCGCGGUGCAGUUCGCCGAGCGCCUGAUGGUGGCCGACGUCUACAAACCGACGGGCAAGUACAACGGGCCCCUGACGCUGGUCAAGUGCAGCGAGAAGAUGAUCCGCAACCUCGGCGAGUACUACGAACUGGACAAGGUGGUGGAGCAUCGCGACAAGAUCCGCGCCGUCACCGUCAACGGCAACCACGAGGGCUUCGUGCUGGGCGAGAGCGCCAAACUCACCGCCAACUACAUCAACGAGUCCGUGCUCUCUCAUUAAUUUUACAGUCUGCAUUUUGCUUUGUAGUUCGCAUACUUCAUUCUAUAUAUACUACUCUGUUAAUCCAUAUGUGCACAGUUCAUUUUUAAAGCUCAUUCAUUGCUCAGUGUUACAGCUCUUCGCCAGUAGUUAUGCUGCUUCAGAAGGGAUCUAUUAGUCCGUGUGCUCAUUUUAUACCGGGUAUGCGGUUACGUUAUCGGCUGUAGUACAGUAAUUGCCCAAACAAAUAAAAUUAGCUCAUCAUUCA